AUGGGGGCAAAAGAGGCCGCCACAAUAGAGAGCCAGAUUGAAGGUGAGACAGCGACGUGUGCGAUGACAGAAAAGUCCCCAGUCAAGCUAAACGCACGCGUUCGGGUUUAUGCAGACACAUACUGGCCCGAUAACUCGUCAUUGCCAAAGCGAAAACGACAGAGUGAUAUCAUAAAGAAAUGCUGGGUAAUUACGCCCAUUUCGAUUCCAGAGCGUCUACUGACAGAAAACUAUGGGGUACCCAUCAUUGAUGCCGAUAUUCUCGCUCGUGAAGUCGUGCAGCCUGGAACUAAGGCCCAUUCGCAGAUUGUCAGGCACUUUGGAGAGGAUGUCCUACUGAAAGACGGGACAAGGCAACUAGAUAGGAAACGACUAGGAGAUAUCAUCUUCCGUGAUGCAGCCAAGCGAAAAACUCUGAAUGGAAUUGUGCAUCCAGCCGUUCGUCGGGCCAUGCUAACCUCUGUGAUCAAAUGUUGCCAACCUCUGGAAAUUCAUGGGGAGUGUCGUUGUGGUUUACUGGUGGGUGUAAUGUUACCUGUUUCAACCCAGGACCUGACGCCAUUCAGCUCCUACGACAUUCAGCUGCAAAGGUUGAUGAACAGAGACAAAAUCCCGAUUACUUCGGCACAAGAUAGACUCGCCGCCCAAAUGCCGUUGAAGGAAAAGGUCAGUUAUGCGGACAGAAUCCUUGACAACUCGGCGGGUCCUGAGGAACUGAGGCAACAAGUUGGAGAGCUCGUACGUUCCUUGCAAAGCGAAGCAGGAUGGACGUGGCGACUAUCCUGGCUUGUUCCACCUAUCGGUCUAGUGUUCGCGGGAUGGCGUCUCAUACAUAAAGCUCUGACCGAUAAGAAAGUCAAACCCUUAUACCUAAUAUCUAUAGUUGGAAUGAUCAGAUAUCAGGCCGUACGUAGCUUGUCCCCUUUUUCAUCCCCUCCGUUUGGAAUAUCAAUAGCAUGGCAACCGAAAAAACCCACAGCUAUGUUCUACCUCAUCCCUUUAUACCAUAGAUUUGAACCCGGCAUUGAUUUUCCGCACUAUAGUGAUCUUCAGCAUGAAGCAAGCAAGCUCACUUGGGAAGGGUUGUAUCCCCAACCCUGCCACGACAUGGUUCGAAAAGCUUUGUCACCAUCACCUGGCGAAACCAGGCGAGUCCUGGACCUAGCCAAUAGUUUUAGCAUGACUGAAUUUAAGCAGGUCCAUGAUAUCAACGCCGGCUUGUCACAGUUUCAUGGGAUGUAUGACCUGAUUCAUUGCCGAUAUACGGGCCAAGGAGUAAGUCCUGUGUUACUUUACUGCACUCUUUCUGAUAUCUCACAGUUCGCGGAUCAUCGCAAGAGCAUGAUUGACUCCGUCAAAUGUCUCAAGCCCGGAGGCGUCAUUAUCUAUAUAGAUAUCACAGAGAUGAUCAAAGAAGACCUUGGUUCUGCUUACAAUCCGGCUGUAUCUAGUAAUUUGGAUGGAGCAUGGCAUCAGAGAAUGUAUUUCCUUAUCCAAUGUGGGUCUGAAAAGCUGGGAAAUGACCAGAAACGGGCUCUCGGUGACGUUGCGAUGGGUUUCUGGGAUAUUGAAGGCUGUGAUCCCACUAAUUGUGGAGGUAUCGAGAUGAUGAUUCCCAUGGGCCACUGGAUCACCUACAGGGAUACCGAGGAGGCGAAUCGUUUGAAAGCGGUUACUGAAGCUUGGACCAAUGUCGUGGGCAAGGUCCAUUAUCACCUAGAGAAGCCUUUAAAGGCCGCGGGUCGUUCUGAUAAGGACAUUGAACUCUUAUUCAAGAAAAUAGACGAAGUCAUUUGGGGUCAAGCUCCCGGUGGUGCUGCCGGGACAACGGAAACCUUAGAGAUGCCACAUCCUUGCUCCACACGUUCCAUCACAGGAAUACCUGACGGAGAGUUUGAAUUUUUGAGAGUUUACUAUGACAAGAACCAGUGGAGAGAGCGUAUCGAAGCACUUCGAGCCACCCAAACGCCAGACAUGAUCGCAUUAGCCACUGUGGAGGGCUAUGAUAUGAUAGAAAACCUAUAG